AUGUACAUAGUGACGUCGCCUAGUUUGGUAACAGCUUGUGACCGACGCGCUAAGGUUGUGUCCUUUGAACCAUAUGUCGUCGAAUUUGCCAAGCGGAUUCUAGUUGCGAGCCAGCCUAGUAUAGAUCUCUUAGCUGAAGAUAUACUUGGAGAGAAAGGUGCUUCGACUCUCCGCGCCGGGACUAUGAGAGCAAUGCAUAAUACUCUUAUGCCAAGCGAAAGUCUAACUGAGAUAACGCAGGCGAUGUUAAAGGAUGUGUCUAGUUCUCUAGACCUAAAGAUUGAGUCUAGCACUCCUAAAGAGAUUCAUUUAUUCGAUUGGAUCCGCAGGUUUGUCACGGCAGCUAGCACCAAUGCUGUAUAUGGACCCGAAAACAAUCCAAUGAAAGACCAUGAGGUGUACGAUGGAUUUUGGGCAGUAGACAAGGCUCUAGCCUUCCUAGGCCUUAUGACAAUGCCUAAUCUCAUUGCUCCUAAGGCAAGUCGAGGGAGGAGCCGAUUCUUCAACGCCUUCAAGGAGUAUUACGCUACAGGUGGGCUUGACACAGCCUCUCGCCUUAUCAAAGCACGCCACGAUGUCAACACUUACCACGGCGUCUCAGACGAAGACAUUGCACAUUUUGACCUGGGUGUUUGCACUGCGCUUCUCGUCAAUACCGUACCGGGUGUAUUCUGGACAUUGUGUCACGUCUACUCCAAUACCACACUCUUAGCUGAGAUACGAGACGGCAUCGAAGCUGAAGUGUAUCGACAGGGCAAGGGAGAGGCUGCCACAGUCAACAUUCCUGAUAUAAUCAAAGUGUUCCCACUUCUAGAGUCGCUGGUUAAAGAAGUCCUCCGUGUUCAAAGUACCAAUGCAUCUGCACGCUUCCUCCUCAAGGACACUCUGAUUGACGACGAAUAUGGCACGACGUACCUACUCAAGAAAGGCUCGUUCCUUGCUAUGCCGUCAAUGCAGGUACAUAUGAGCGAGGCCGCUUGGGGCCCAGCUGCUAAGAUAGUAGACCCGACGCGCUUCCUCAAGGAGCGACCACAUGGGGUCCUUGCAUCUUCCCAUCGCACCUUCGGCGGAGGAAACUCUCUGUGUCCUGGAAGAUACUUUGCGAUGAACGAAAUUAUGAGUGUUCUGAUUAUCAUGGUACUGAAAUACGACAUUGAACCUGUUGGGGAAGUGUGGAAUAUCCCUGGGACAAAACAACAUAUUUCAACUAGCAUUUUAACGCCGAUAAGCGACAUCCCUGUGAGGAUACGACCGAGAGAAGAAGUACAAAAUGUUGAAUUCAACUUUACUUGGUAG